AUGGCAGACGUUGCACACAAACUGAAGGAACUGAACAUGACUAUAGAUGAGGACAUGAUGGUGCAUUUUGCCUUGAACUUACUUCCAAAGGAGUUCAAAACUCUCAAGAGUUCAUAUAUGGCUCAGAAGGAAAGUUGGACUUUGGAUGAUCUUAUAACCAUUAGUGUUCAAGAAGAGCACAACAUCAUAAUGGAGAGAGGUCAGGAAGCUAUGAACAUGGUUCAAGACUAUCGUGGCAAGUAG